AAAAAACCGUUAGUCAUUUUUGGCAGUCAACUACUAGUCGUUGCGAAGCCAAGAGAGGAGAGAACUUCAGUUAAUUUCAUACAUUAUUUUUGUUUUAUUACCUCGAAUAAUCAACGAAAAUGCGUGAGUGUAUCUCCAUCCACGUCGGUCAAGCUGGUGUCCAGAUUGGGAAUGCUUGCUGGGAGCUCUACUGCUUGGAGCAUGGAAUCCAGCCGGACGGCCAGAUGCCCAGCGACAAGACCAUCGGAGGUGGAGACGAUUCAUUCAACACCUUUUUCAGCGAGACCGGAGCUGGGAAGCACGUGCCAAGAGCCGUUUUUGUGGAUCUGGAGCCAACUGUCGUAGAUGAGGUACGCACUGGCACCUACCGUCAGCUGUUCCACCCUGAGCAGCUCAUCACCGGGAAGGAGGAUGCUGCCAACAACUACGCCCGCGGCCACUACACCAUUGGCAAAGAAAUCGUCGACCUGGUUCUGGACCGCGUCCGCAAACUGUCGGAUCAGUGCACAGGUCUUCAGGGAUUCCUGAUCUUCCACAGCUUCGGCGGUGGAACCGGGUCUGGCUUUGCCUCUCUGCUGAUGGAGAGGUUGUCUGUGGAUUAUGGCAAGAAGUCCAAACUCGAGUUUGCCAUUUACCCUGCACCUCAGGUGUCCACUGCUGUGGUGGAGCCCUACAACUCCAUCCUGACCACCCACACCACCCUGGAGCACUCCGACUGCGCCUUCAUGGUGGACAAUGAAGCCAUCUACGACAUCUGCAGGCGUAACCUGGACAUCGAGCGCCCCACCUACACCAACCUCAACAGGCUGAUUGGCCAGAUCGUCUCAUCCAUCACCGCCUCUCUGCGCUUCGACGGUGCCCUGAACGUGGAUCUGACCGAGUUCCAGACCAACCUGGUGCCCUACCCCCGUAUCCACUUCCCCCUGGUCACCUACGCCCCAGUCAUCUCUGCCGAGAAGGCCUACCAUGAGCAGCUGUCUGUGGCCGAGAUCACUAACGCUUGCUUUGAGCCAGCCAACCAGAUGGUGAAGUGCGACCCCCGUCACGGCAAGUACAUGGCCUGCUGCAUGCUGUACCGUGGAGAUGUGGUGCCCAAGGACGUCAACGCCGCCAUCGCCACCAUCAAGACCAAGAGGACCAUCCAGUUCGUGGACUGGUGCCCAACUGGCUUCAAGGUCGGUAUCAACUACCAGCCCCCCACUGUCGUGCCUGGAGGUGACCUGGCCAAGGUGCAGAGGGCCGUGUGCAUGUUGAGCAACACCACCGCCAUUGCUGAGGCCUGGGCUCGUCUGGACCACAAGUUUGACCUGAUGUACGCCAAGCGUGCCUUUGUUCACUGGUACGUAGGAGAGGGUAUGGAGGAGGGCGAGUUCUCUGAGGCCCGUGAGGAUCUGGCUGCCCUGGAGAAGGAUUAUGAGGAGGUCGGCGUCGACUCUGUGGAGGGAGAAGCCGAGGAGGGAGAGGAGUACUAGAUAAAAAACACUUUGAGUCUUGCCAAUAAAAUGUCCCAUUUACUUUUCA